UGAUAAGAGAGAAGACAUGCACUGUGCACAUGUUAUUACUGCCCGUGUCCAACGCAAACUGAUUUCAAACAUCAAUACCCUGACCUUAACACUCUCUUCUCAUACGUAAUGGAAGAUCACCUUCUCCUCUGCGGUGCUGGUAUCUGAGCUCCCUGUUUCCUUCCUGAAGACUCCAGACUCCAAUGGACCUUUUGGGAUGCAGGAGACUGUCGUAAACUAGCUUGUGUGGACUCCACUAGUUUUCAUUGAGCAUUUAUACCAACAAAGAUGGCGGGGCUUUCUCAUCUUCCCAAGGAGAAAAAAGCAGCAGAUUUCUUUUCCUUGGGAGGGCCAAGGGUCGGAAUUUUGCCGGAGAAAGAAGAGAACAGAGUCCUCAAGGAUUUCUUUUCAGAUUAAGCAUCAUUGACCUAUUUGUAAAGCUGGGAGCCUCCCAACUCUUGUUACCUUGACUGAGCUGACUCCUUCUCUGUACAACUUCAGCGACCAGCUGGUCCGGUGAAGGUCAGGGUUGUGUCGAGCAAUGGAAGCAGAUCUCGAAAUCCAUGAAGAAUUACCCGAGAAGCACCACCUCAGGAAGCAGAUUGCUGCUACAGUUAGGAAGAUCCAGUGGAGCUAUGCAAUCUUUUGGUCCAUCUCCACCAGGCAACCAGGAGUGUUGGCAUGGAGUGAUGGGUACUACAAUGGUGAUAUAAAGACGAGGAAGAUGACUCAGCCGAUAGAACUCAAAGCUGAUCAAAUGGGCCUUCAGAGGAGUGAGCAACUGAGAGAACUGUAUGAAACGCUUUCGGCAGGCGACAGCAUUCAGCAGACAAGAAGGCCUUCUGCUUCUCUGUCUCCUGAAGACCUAACCGAUGCGGAGUGGUAUUACUUGGUUUGCAUGACCUUCAAGUUCACUCUAGGACAAGGAUUGCCAGGCAAAGCCUUAGCCAACAAUCAGCACAUCUGGUUGAACAAUGCUCAAUUUGCAGAUAGCAAGAUUUUUUCGCGCUCUCUUCUAGCAAAGAGUGCAUCUAUUCAGACUGUAGUAUGCAUCCCUUUCAUGGGUGGAGUACUGGAGUUGGGCACAACUGAAUUGAUUUUGGAGGAUGUUGAUCUCGUAAAGCAAAUCACAAGUUUCUUCUGGGAGCUGCCAAAUCCUAUAUGUUAUGAACAAUCCAUAUCCAGUCCACAAUUAGCUGAGCGUGGUGAAGGCAUAAUAUGCCCAGAUAUCGAUAAUGGUAUCGACAAUUCGAUCCCCUUGGGCGACCACAACUUGAUCACCGACCGCCAAACUCCAUUGGAGAGUGAUCCAACACAUUUCCCAUUUCCUUUCCAUUCAUAUGUGUCCAUUGAACAUACUGAAUCAGUCAAGGUUGAGGAGCUCCAUCAGAACAUCCGUGAGGAACCGGACACAUGUUCUCCGGAUGACAGUUCAAACGAGUGCUGCCUCACUCAUCAGCUUGAAGACCUAUUGGGAGCUGAUGGGCUCAAUGGCACGUCCCGGACUCACAGCAUGCAACUGGUAGAUGAUGAGUUCAGCAAUGGCCUGCUACAUGGAUCUCUGAGCUCCAAUGAGUAUGCGACGCUGUCCUUCGUCAAUGCCCAGAGGGCUGUGUCUUCUGCAAUGAGGGAACCGACCGGAAACCAGAUGCUUGGUGGUCUUCAAGAGGGAAACCAUAGCAAGCACAGCUCUCUGGAUCUCGAUGGUGACGAUUCACACUACGCAGAGACAGUGGCCACCAUUUUGCGGACCUCGAAGCAGGUCAACCCAGUUCUGUGCUUCCUCAAGGUGUCCUUCAGGUCCAGUUUUGUGGUCUGGCGAAGAGGCUUCAACACUCCCAAAUCAUUCAUGAGCACGCCUCAGAAACUGCUGAAGAAGAUUCUGAUGGAUAGAGCGUGGUGGCGUGGAAAUCAUGUCUUGUCCGAGAGGAGGAGAAGAGAGAAGCUGAACGAGAAAUUUCUCGCUCUGAGAUCAUUAGUUCCUACCGGUGGCAAGAUCGACAAGGCUUCGAUCCUCGAUGACACGACACAGUAUCUGAAGCAUCUCGAGAGAAGAGUGCAGGAGCUGGAAUCCGGCACAGCUGUGCUCGGCACCACCGAUCGACGGAAGAAUCCUGACGUAGCAGAGAGAACAUCCGACAACUACUUGGGCAAUGAGAUCACCAACGAAUGGAAGCCGCUGGGCAACAAGAGGAAGGCCUGCGACAUCGACGAGGGAGUGGCGGAGCACCACUUCGUCCUGUCCAAGCACGGCCCCGUCCACGUCACCGUCACAGUGAAGGAGAAGGAGGUGCUGGUCGAGCUGCGAUGCCCGUGGCGGGAGUGCUUGCUGCUCGAGGUCGUCGAGUCGAUGAGCAACCUCCAUCUGGAUCCCAUCUCGGUGCAAUCCUCCUCCGUCGACGGCAUGCUUGCACUGUCCGUGAAAUCCAAGCUAAGAAGCAGCAACGUCGCGUCGCCGGGGAUGAUAAAGCGGUCGCUUCAGAGAGUGAUAAGCAAGUGCCUGUGAUGGAUUGCUCAUCUCUGCAAUUUCCAAUGUGUAGCAGAAUCGAGUGAAGCGACUCCGUGUAGCCUCUCCGAGAUUUUUGACUGGUGACAACUCUGCCGUGGCUGCCGAUUGUGUAAUUAGAUCUCCUAUGUUGCUUCCUACCCUGCAAUGUGGUCUUCGGAGAUCUGAUGUAGCUUGGAAGAUCGGACGCUAAUGGAUUCUCUAAGUGUCUCUCUAUCAUAAGCCGUAUCAUUUAUUAGUUACAAAUCCAGCACUAUUAUCUUUUUUUUUUUUUUGCUUUUUAAAAUAAUUAUG